CACACAACUGUCAGGUUAGUUUGACUCAACUGGGCCCAAUUCUUUGGGGCCCAAUUUCAAUUACGGUAAUCUUCUCCGGCCAAGUCCACACCAAUUUCCCCUCCUCCUGCGAUAUCCGACUUGUAACUUAUUUGGUUUUGGUGAAUUACAUGAUGAAUACUGCAGCAUCGUUGUUUAGGAGGUUAAAUAUCAGAGAGCUGGUAACAGGCACACCUGCUUACAAUACCGCUAGGGAUGUUUCCGGAGAUGGAUUGAGCUUGAUGUUUAGGAGGUGGGCUACUAAAAAGACAGCAGGGUCUACAAAGAAUGGCCGUGAUUCAAAACCGAAGAAUCUAGGCGUGAAGAAAUUUGGUGGAGAGAGAGUGAUACCUGGAAAUAUUAUUGUUCGUCAAAGGGGAACCCGAUUUCAUCCUGGAAACUAUGUUGGAAUUGGGAAGGAUCACACGCUUUAUGCUUUGAAAGAAGGCUGUGUUAAGUUUGAGCGCCACAAGCUGAGUGGGCGCAAAUGGGUGCAUGUUGAGCCCAAGGAUGGUCAUGCGCUUCACCCGGUUUACUCGAGCACUGUAGCUGCUGAGCUUAAGACAGCUACUUAAGUUUAUCUGAUUUUUCAGCUGUUGAGUGAUUCAUGGAACAUAAAUCUAACAAGUGAUAAGCCACUAUGAAGGCUGUCUAGUUUUUGUAUCUUUUUUAGUUAUCUAGUUUUGAAACAAAUAUUUUGUCAGUGAAUCGAUGUUCUGCCUCUAUUUUUGAUAUAGUAAUAUGUUAUGGUGGAUGAAAAACUCUUUAUGCA